UUAGAUUUCUAACUAAUUGUACAGCAACAGCUGUGAUUUGAUUUUGAUAACAGUAUCUUUAUCAGUCGGCAAAUUCAUAUUUUAGCAUUUAUUAUAAUAAAUUCGUCUUCUUGAUAUGUAAGUGUGAUUUUUGACUGCUGAAAUGCUGUAACUUUUGUAUGUUCCCGCGCCUGGCCCAAUUAACAAUUAGGAGAUCAAUUCACGUCUCAGCAAAAUUAACACAAAGCAUGACUAUAGACGGAAAUACAAUAUUGGCGGAGAGCCUGAAGAAACAAGGAAUAGAAUAUGUGUUUGGCAUAGUUGGUAUUCCUGUAAUAGAGACCUCAAUGGCAUUCCAAGCAGCCGGGCUCAAAUACAUUGGCAUGCGCAAUGAGCAGGCUGCAUGCUACGCUGCUCAGGCUAUUGGAUACUUGACUGGUAAGCCAGGUGUAUGCCUUGUUGUGUCAGGGCCUGGUCUGUUACACUGUAUGGGUGGUAUGGCCAAUGCACAGGUCAACUGCUGGCCAUUGUUGGUGAUAGCUGGAUCUUGUCCUGAGGACCAUGAGGGAAUUGGUGGUUUCCAGGAAUGGCCCCAGGUAGACUCGAGCCGCAUCUAUUGCAAGUACACUGCGCGGCCGCCGUCGCCACGCCUGAUCCCGCUGCACGUGGAGCGCGCAGUGAGACUCGCGUCCGUGGGCCGCCCCGGCGUGUCCUACCUCGACAUGCCGGGCACAUUGCUCAUGGCUGAAGUAGAGGAAGAAAAGGUACCUCUAGACUUCUACAGCGCCGAGCCAGUCAAGCUGGGACACCCAGACCCCGCGUUAGUGUCUCGGGCUGCAGAAUUACUGUCCAAGGCGGAGCGCCCUCUAGUGAUCGUGGGGAAAGGCGCCGCACACGCCAGGGCUGAGGAAGCUAUCACUAAACUUGUGAAUAACACGAAACUACCGUUCUUGCCCACACCUAUGGGCAAAGGCGUGGUGCCGGACGAGUCGUCGUUGUGUGUUUCCGCUGCGCGUACGCAGGCGCUGCUGAAAGCAGACGUCAUAUUGUUGUUGGGGGCGCGGCUCAACUGGAUGCUGCACUUCGGACAGCCGCCUAGAUUCGCGCCCGAUGUCAAGUUUAUACAGGUGGACAUUUCCCCCGAGGAGUUCCACAACAGCGUGCAGUCGGAGCUGGCGAUCCACGCAGACAUCAAGCCGUUCGCCGAAGCUCUGACCAGGCAACUCUCCGAGAAAAAGUAUUCGCUACAACCCGCCAGUAAUGGCUGGUGGCAGGAGCUGCAGAAGAAGCAACAGGCUAAUACUGCUUUUGUUGAGGCGCAAGCGAACGACAAAUCAGUGCCGCUAAACUACUACGCGGUGUUCAAGACAGUACAGAACAACAUCCCCAAAGACUCCAUCAUCGUGAGCGAGGGCGCCAACACCAUGGACAUAGGGCGGGGGAUGCUGCUCAACAACAAGCCCAGACAUCGCCUCGACGCUGGCACUUUCGGCACUAUGGGGAUGAGCGAAACGAAAGAUAUGUCAAUGUGCCUAUCUCUGUGGACGGAGUUAUGUGAGACAUGCGCGCGCGCAGGUGGGCCCGGGGUUCGCGGUGGCGGCGGCGCUGUGGAGCCGCGCGUCCGCGGCCGCGGCCGCGCCGAGGGUCAUCUGCGUCGAGGGAGACUCCGCCUUCGGCUUCUCAGGAAUGGAGAUCGAGACGAUGUUCCGAUACAAACUGCCGGUGGUGAUCGUGAUCGUGAACAACAACGGCAUCUACAGCGGCUUCGACAAGGAGACCAUGAGAGACAUGCAGGCCGGCGGCGACCCCACGCAGUGUACACCACCAACUUCUCUGUCCGCGGAGGUCCGCUACGAGAAGAUGAUGGAGUUAUUCGGAGAGACGGGCCACUUCUGCCGCACCACCGAAGAGAUAGAAGUGGCGCUGAAGAAGGCGCUCGCCGUCACAGACAAACCCAGUAUCAUCAACAUAGCCAUCAACCCACAGGCCAACAGGAAACCACAGACUUUCAACUGGCUGACAGAAUCCAAAUUAUAAAAUGUAUGUCACUCGAUCAUUCUCACUAGAUCCAUAAUGGAUCUAGUUGGAAUAUUUUUUCACGACAGAUCCAAUCUAUCUAGCUAAACAAGAGAGCAGAGAGAGAGAGCGACUAUUGGCUCUGUCUACACUGUAAGGGAUAAAGACGUGAUAAUGUAUGUAUAGAUACAGGUCACCUUAAUCGCUGCUCCUUAGAGAUCUAGUCUCAUUGUUGAAAAUUUGGUAAUGGUAUAUUUUUAUACUAUAAAGGUAACUUGUUAAUUAAUACCUUUUUAUUAAAAUAAGUUUGCAAACAAGUCAAUGGAACUAUAAAUAUUAAUUACCAAUGAUUUUUGGGAAAACGUAUUAUGCCCAGCAUGUUUAGCCGUCUAUAUUUGACAACACAUAAAAUGCAUUUAAAAUUAUGAAAGAAAGACUGCAAUACUUUUAUUUUUCAAAUUUUUUAAUAAUUUGGACUGUUUAUUAAUUAAUCUUCAGUGUGCAAUAUGUAUAUCUAACUAGCUAUAAGCGAGAAUUCUAUCUUUAAGGAUAUUUUUGGACCAAAAAUAAAUAACACAACAUUACAUCUGAUAUUGUCUGUAAUUGAGUUAUACUUAAAUGGUCACAUCACAUUGUUUGUAUAUAAUGAACUUAAAAAUAUAUAUUUAAUACAUUUACAUUAAAAACUAAA